AUGCCUCUUGACGAGAUUCCACUGGAAGUUGUCGAAGUAUCACGGGGUGAUGUUGGAGGGUAUGCCGAGCCGUAUAGCCCUCCUCCAGCCGUUAUCUCACACCAGAUUACCCGCUCUCGUGUUGCGGCUGCAUGGCGAGCCAGUAAAAUCGAAGCCUACACCCACGUAGUCCCAAUGGAGUCGCCGCCUUCAUACCUAGAAAGCAGUAGCCCUGGGACAGAAGCUACCCACUUUUCUCAUCCAUACAGCAUGGGUUCACCAGUUAGCCACCAAUAUUUUGAUCGCAUGAUCAUUGAAUGA